UGGAAGGAUUUCGCUUGUCCUCGAGAUCCUACGCUCUUUUCGACGAUAACACCAAAUCACGCGCGUUACACAAGCACCUUUAGUCUCGCUCGCGAUCACAUUUUACUAAUGUCGCAAGACUGCGGCGAACGAAAAAACGUGUACGAUAAAAAAAAAAGAAUUCACACAGAGCGCGAAGAUCCCCCGCCUCGUUCGCUUCUUUCUCUGCGUUAAUAACAUCGUCAUCCGCUAGACAGCGUGCACCGCGCUUCGAUCAGCUGAUCGCUCGCGCACGUGUGUUAUGUGUCAGUCGCACUUUCUUGCACUUUUAUAUACAUGAAUAAUUGUACAAUUGUGGAAAACGAAUACAUAAAUGCAUAUAUUCUAACUUUAGCUAUCAAGAGAUUGCAGGAAAUUGUAGGAAAAAAAUUAAUUUAUAAUUUUUUUACGUGACGCUUUCUGCAAAUUUUUAUGUCAUUCACUCUUUCUGUGUGAAGUACCGGAGAGUAAUGUGUAAAAAAAUAUAAGUGCGAGAUAUAUAAAAAACACGUGUUUUGCGUACGCUGAUGUACAUAGUCUCUUAAAGUACAUGUGUUGCAUUUUGAUAUGCUGCAUCAGCGAUAGAAGAAUUAAAGGCGUUCUUAUUACGCUUAAAUUUUAGUUCUCAUUGCCAAUUAAUUUAGAAUUAUCGGAAUCAUGUCGACAACGCUGGCAUUACCGCAAAAGAAAUAUUAUAGACAGCGUGCACACUCAAAUCCGAUAGCUGAUCAUUGCAUCGAAUACCCCACAAAACCAGAGUUGAUGGAUUGGAGCACCUUGUACCCGCAAUAUUUUUCCAAUAAUGAGCAAACACAGAAAUGCGUGGAGUUUGCAGAUGUUGGUUGUGGUUACGGAGGCCUACUAGUUACUUUAUCACUGAUGUUUCCUGACAAUCUGAUACUCGGUAUGGAAAUCAGAGUAAAGGUAUCAGACUACGUUAUGGAUCGCAUUGCUGCCUUACGCUCACAAAAUCCUGGUCAAUAUCAAAAUAUUGCUUGCCUAAGAACUAAUGCUAUGAAAUAUCUACCAAAUUACUUUUACAAAGGACAGUUAAAGAAGAUGUUUUUCCUGUAUCCGGAUCCACACUUUAAAAAGUCAAAACAUAAAUGGAGGAUAAUAAACAAGUCUCUCUUAGCAGAAUAUGCUUAUGUGUUAGCGGAAGGAGCUAUUGUAUAUACUGUAACUGAUGUGGAAGAUCUGCAUAAGUGGAUAGUUCAGCACUUUGAAGAACAUCCAUUGUUUGAAGAAGUCGUCAAGCAAGACUUGGUAGCAGACCCAGUAGUGGAAAAAUUAUACGAAAGCACUGAAGAAGGUCAGAAAGUAACCAGGAAUAAAGGAGAUAAAUUCCUAGCUGUGUUCAGAAGGAUCGCUGAUCCUUACAUUGCAACGAGUAGCUAACAGUGGAUAUUGUGUAUGUAAUUGUAUAUACACAUCAACAUCUGAUUGCAAUUAAAUGGCAAAAGAUAUUCUCGAUAAUUUUGAUACCGUACGGGAAUAUUCCUCGUCUUGAUAUACUGACCGUGUCUCUAAAGCAGAUUGCAAAAAAAACUAUUAAUUGUGUUUUAAAAAUAAAAUAGGAUACUUUACAAUA